GCGUCGUCACAGAUAUAUCAUCUCAAAAUUCUACCGAAUGCGAUCUUCCAAAACUUAAAUCGCGUUGCUGGGACUGCGCCUUGUCAACGGUACAAAUCCACAAAAAAUCGUAAGUCUCGACUAGGAUUUCGUCUUGUGUUGUCAUUAAUGUGUAUGGCGUUGAAAUUCACUUAAUUAUGUUGUCCUGCCCCGGCCGCGCCUUUUCUUUUUUUCUCUUCUUCUUCUCCUUCUCCUCCUCUGCCAGCUCCUAUUUAUUUGUUUCAAGUAUACCCUCGUUUCGUGCUUUUGCUUUCGCACUUGUUUUUACUUAAUUUUCUUUCGUGUGCCAAGAGCAUCUUCUUAAGCAAGAGACCUGCGCAAAGAAACGGUGGAAAGUAGUAAUCGGUCGUACAUUUACUAUCACAAGAGAUGGACGACUAUGGCGUAGGAUCUAGUGGAAACACUGGAACCCCAGAGAGCCAAGCUGGAGCCCAAGGAAGCUAUGACAGUUCCGGUAGCUAUGGAUCAAGUGGAAGUCAAACAGCACAAGGUCAAUACAAUGCUCAGACAACCGCAUAUCAAUCCGCAUACACAUCUGCAGCCACUCCGACAACUACCUCUAACAGUCAAAGUCAAACAAACUCCGCAUUCCCAACUUCUACUUCUUCCUCGAAUGGACUAUCAUCGUCGGAACGAACAGCAAUAAUAGCAGGAGUUCUUGGUGGUGUCGGAGCAUUGUUGAUCAUAUCUCUCAUUGCUAUCUAUCUAUUGCAAAGGAGGAAGACUAAGAAGGUCGCUGGUCGCAAAGGAGUUACGCAGCAAGUAUCUUACAAUGGAUUAAACUCUUCAUUUGCCGGUGUACCUUUUAUCAAAAGUCAUACUCAAGGUACUGAUGGUGAAAUAUCUCGGCCACCAAUGGUUGCCGACACUUCAUACCAAGGAGCUUACAUGAGAGGCGGACAGUCCAGCUAUCCUGACCUUUCCAGUGAUAUGGAAACCGACCGAUUCCUACCAAAUGAUGAAGAAACUCAACAGAGAAUGGCCGCCGGAGGAAAUGGGUAUCACUCACCAUCUAAUCACCUUGGCUCCCCAACACAAGAUCCGUUCACAGAUCAAAACCGCCUAUCCCAGUUAACACAAAACCGUAUAUCUCAAUUGACACAAAAUCGCCUUUCUCAGUUGUCACAAAACCCCGAGUCUCCUACCAGACCAGGGCCACUAGUCAGACAUGAUACCAUGGGCUUUCCUCUCGACGACGACGAUACCUCGUACAUUGGACCAGAUGGUGAACAACACCGCCUCUCCAGAAUAAUGCACAGCCCCCACGCCUCAAUUCUCGAACCGACCAUCAUAGCUCCCGCCCCCGUACGCCCCACUAUUUCCCACGAGAAUCUCGAGCGAGGCCUUAAUGGAAACCAGGAUCUAUAUCAAAAUCGGGCCGCCCCUCAACACCUCGAUUCUUUGACAUCAAAUUACGAUAAUCCAUACGACAUCGAGGACGAAAAUGAUACAGUUCCACCUAUGUAUGGAGCUGUCCAAACUUCGUCUCCUGCUCCUAUGGAAUCGGGUUCAUGGAUCGCUGCACGCAAUCCACAUUUAGCUGCAGCUUUCGGUAAUGAUAUGCAUAGGAAUUCGAGCACGAGGACUCAGAGUAGUUUCGCACCAAGUGUGGUUAGUGAUACGGAGUUGGAUAGAUUGGGAGUGGGACAGAGACCGUGAGAAUGAGGGAGUGAAAGUUUAGGUUAUAGUGAAGGUCGAAUGAGAAUACGGAUAUGAAUUUCAUUUGUGGGAUCAGUGUGAUGGAUUGGGUCGAGAAAAGGGGUAAUGCUGAUAUUCGAUUGGAUAGGAUAUGAUGGGAUUGAAAGUGUAGGGAAGGGAGUAGGCAUUUUAAUUGGCGUUUUGGGGAAAACAUCAUGAUAUCCUGGUCCGGUCAGUGAAUAAUGAGUUGUUAGCAAUCUAUUUGAUUACCAUUAUCUUUUCAAAAUGUUUGUGAUUGCGAUUUGGGGGUUUGGGCUGUGUUCUGGGGUAAUGUUCUUCUUUGGGUGGGGA